AUGUCUCAAUCCACUCGUCUCUCUCAAAGUCCCCUCGCAGCGCCGGCCGAGAUCAUGGCCCCCGCAACUCCAAACCGCCGGGCAACUCUAUCGCCCUCACCCGAUCUGAGUGCUGCAGUCAAGGAUCGCUCAUCAGAGAGAAAAUACUUCUCUCCACCACCUGUGUCGUCAUCUGACAUGACACCUCCGCCAUCUACUCAAAUCCCUGGCGCACCUCUGCGCCGGUCGCAUUCCCGCUCCACUAGCCCUACUCUUGUCUCUACUGCCGACCUAGACAAAUCUCUCUGCGCUGCCUAUGGAGCCUCUGAGAAUCUCCCAACAACCGAAGACAUUGACAAUGCAAAUGUCACUCAGCUGCGCACCAUUGCGAAGGAUCUGCUCACAGUCGCCCAGGAGGCACGUAUGUCCGCUUUGCACUUUAAGCUGCAAAAUAGCCUCGUCUCGUUUGCUAGCAAUGAAGCCGUCAAGCGCGCAGAGGUGGAGCAUCACCUUGCCAAACGGGAAGUCGAAAUUAUUCAGAGCGCCGAAUACCGUCGUUCGCGACCCACAGAACCUUUAACACCUAAACAAUCUUUCUCCAGCGAUGAAUACAUCCUUGCGGUUCAGCGAUCUAAAGAGCUUGAGGAACAAAAUGUUCUUACAGAUCGCCGACUUCGUCGAGCAAAGCGUGCCAUUGAGGAUAGUCAUGCUCGAGAGGUCGAGCUGACCGAGCAAAACAAUAUGUUGAAGAAACGCAUCGAGGACAACCGCCUCCAUUUCUCCCAGAUCUACAGCUAUGGAUCCUUGUCCCCUAGUAUGCAGAGCGAGCUUCACACAAUUUGCCGUGGCGAACAUACCGAUGGACUCGCAGCCUUACUCUUCGCCGACAAAUUCACAAAUCGUCUCCAUGAGCCGCAGGUGUCUUACGAUGACACUCACUCUUCCGUUCCUGUCACCCCGAAUCGUGCCACUCGCCAACAAAGGCCUCAUAUGACUCCCGGCCAGGACUCUCGUAGUCACCAAUAUGACAGCGACAGCACCGUUUCCUUGUCUGCCCCCGAAUCUGAGGGUGAAGUUAUCCCAGGUCGAUCCUCGCAUGUGCGACGCACUGCACCAAAAACCAGUGCUUUACUUCAAACCAAGUUAUUCGGCCAUGUGAAGAAACCCGGUGUGGAACGCAAUCCUCCCACAAAGCGCAAGGCCAACUCGGAUGAGAAUAGCACGGCCACGAAGAAGUCUAGGACCAGCACCGCAGUUGGCCUGGGUAUCGGGGCUUGA